AUGGCUUUUGCUAUUGAGGAAAUAAACAGAGACCCUGCUCUUCUCCCUAACAUCACACUGGGAUACAGGCUGUAUGACAAUUGUGUGAACCUGGCAGUGGCUCUGAGAGCAGCAACAGCUCUGAUCAGCGGAGAGGAUGAUUCUGUCACUGACUACAGCUGUACAGGGACUCCCCCUGUCUUAGCCAUUGUAAAUAAAUUUGGCUGCAUAGCUUUCUCGGAAAUCCUCCCUCGUAACAACAACACCUCUGAAAUUCUUAAAAUCAUCAGGACCGUCAAACAGUCAUCGGCCAAAGUUAUUGCUGUGUUUACUACAGGAGCUUAUCUGAUUCCACUGACAGAAGAAAUUGUUCAGCAAAAAAUCAGAGGCAGACAGUGGAUUGCUAGUGAAGCCUGGGCUUCCUCCCCUGUCUUCCACACUAAGGAGUUACUGCCUUAUUUAGGUGGGACUAUAGGAAUCGCAGUUCGCAGAGGAGAAAUCCCAGGGCUGGAAAAAUUUCUCCUUCAGAUUCGCCCUGUGUUGGACACCAGAAACAAUUUAGUCAAAUUGUUCUGGGAAACAAUAUUUGAUUGCAAGUUUCAAGAUAAGGCAAUCAAUCAAAAUUUGUCAGAUGUGUUAAAUAUCAAAAUUUGCACAGGUGCAGAAGAUAUUGAAAAAACAAAAACUGCUUACAGUGAUGUUUCAGAACUGCGGGCUUCCUACAAUGUGUAUAAAGCAGUGUACGUCUUGGCACACUCCCUGCACAAUCUGAUGUCCUGUAAGCCUGGAAAAGGGCCCUUUCAGAAUAACUCCUGUGCAGACAUCACAACUGUGCAGCCCUGGCAGCUGCUGCACUACCUGGCAAGAGUGAACUUCACGACUCACUAUGGAGACAGGGUGUCCUUCGAUGAGAACGGAGAUGCUCUUGCAAUCUAUGAUGUGAUCAACUGGCAGAGGGCCGAUGAUGGGUCUGGGAAAACAGUAACAAUCGGUCUGUAUGAUGAAUCAGCUCCUGCUGGACAAAAGCUCAGUCUGAAUGAAGACAAAAUCUUCUGGAAUUUUGAAUCUAAUGUUCCUCCCAGGUCUGUGUGCAGUGAAAGCUGUCAGCCUGGCACCAGGAAGGCAACCAGGAAAGGGGAGCCCCUCUGCUGUUUUGACUGUGUGCCGUGUGCAGAGGGAGAGGUCAGCAACCACACAGAUUCAAUUGAGUGUUUCAAAUGCCCUUCAGAAUAUUGGUCGAACCCAAGCAGGGACCAGUGUGUGCUGAAGGAAAUUGAGUAUCUUUCUUAUGAGGAGACGUUGGGAUUCUCCUUAACAUCAGCAUCAGUAUUUGGAGCAUUAAUUUCAGCUGCAGUUUUAGCUGUGUUCAUUUACUACAGGAACACUCCAAUUGUUAGAGCCAACAAUUCUGAACUGAGCUUCCUGCUGCUUCUUUCUCUAAUACUCUGCUUCCUCUGCUCAUUGCUGUUUAUUGGUCAGCCACUACACCUCACCUGUAUGCUGAGACAUGUUGUG